AUGCCAUCUGCUAACACUGUUUACAGAGAUUUGGAGAAGGAGCUCUUUCCUGAAUGGCGGGCGAAGUAUAUCGAUUAUAAGACCGGAAAGAAGAAGAUAAGAGCCAUUGCCCGAGCCAUCCAGAAAGGGAAUCGCAGCGGUCGUACUCCUUCAUUUCGAAGCCCUAUUCUUCGAACGCCCUCGUUUAAGAGUCCCACGAAACUUCGCCAUCGGUCGAAUACACACAAUGGCGAUGGAGCGGCACCGGAAGAUGCAACGGAUGGUCGCGCCGUAUCAACGGCCACACCAACUCGACAGGCGCUGCGCACACCGGGAUCGAGGUUUUCUGAUAACGUAGGGAACUAUGGGAGUAUAGUGGCUUCUCCGCCUCUGUCUCUGUCUCAGCGGGGAAGGGGGUCAGAUAUGGAUUCGCUCCGGCUCCCGAAGGCUGCGAUGGACGUCGACGAAGAACAUGUGCCACCGGAGCGGGACUUGACUGAGCGUGGAGUAUCGUCACCAGUAGAGCACUCCGAUGACGAGCAUACCGAAGAAGACAUUUCCGAGGAUGGAUACUCCGACGAAGAACAAGAACAAGAACAAGUGCAAGUGCAGGAACGGCCUGGACCAAAACGCUCUCCAACAUUUCUUCGUCGGGUUUUCUCUCAGACCAAUGGGAUCGCUGAGUUUGAGAAACGGGAGGCUGAGUAUUUUGUAUUCCUGGAUGGCGAGCUGGACAAGAUCGAUUCGUUCUAUCGCCAGAGACAGAUGGAGGCACAAAGAAAACUAGAUGUUAUCAGUCGACAACUAGACAUCAUGAGACGGGCACGUGCACGGGAGUAUAAUGCACAGUAUGGCGAUGACCAGCAACAAGGACAAGGGCCUCGGAAGUUUUUCGGCUCUCGUAUCAGAGACACGUUUACUGGGAGGACCCGGUUCGGAAAGAACACUCGGGCGCUGGUAGCGAUGGAGACGCCGAGAAUCCCAGAGCAAGAAAACGAUGAUGCCGCUCACAGACGAGACUAUACGCGACGACCGGAUUCCGAUUCAGCGAACCCAGCCGUGCCAUACCGAGAGGCGAAACACCAGCUCAAGCGUGCCUUACAGGAAUACUAUCGAGGAUUGGAAGUGCUGAAGGAUUACGCUCUUUUGAAUAUCGAGGGCUUUCGCAAGAUCAACAAGAAGUACAACAAAACCAUCAAAGGUUAUCCUGGCAAGGCGCAAGGCCUCAAAGUCGAACCGUCAAUGGGCUCGAUGACUGAUAUCGUGAACAAGGCAUCAUUUGCAGACACGAAAACUGUCGAACUUCUCAUGCGCGAGGCGGAAGAGUUAUAUGCAAGGUUCUUCGCGGGUAGGGAUCGUAAGAUUGCGGUAUCCAAGCUUCGCCACAAUGUCAACAAAUCAACCGACUAUUCCUUCACUGUGCUAAUAUCGGGUAUGCUCCUUGGAAUCGGCAUGAUAUGCUCGGUUUGGGGUUUGGUGCUCGGUGCGCGGCGUUUAAAAUCCAGUGGAAACGAGCAUACUGAAACCAGCUAUCUGUUACAGAUUUAUGGAGGAUAUUUCUUAAUCGUAUUUCAUUUCUUGCUAUUUUGGGCAGAUUGUAUCAUCUGGACUCGCUCAAAGGUCAAUUAUGGGUUUGUUUUUGAAUAUGAUAGUAUGAAUAUGCUGGACUGGCGCCAGUUUUUAGGGAUCCCUGCCUUUUUCAUGCUCAUCCUCGGAAUUUGCAUGCUUGUGAAUUUUCAAUGGUUCAAUGCCAUGUAUAUAUACUGGCCUGUCGUCUUGAUAGGUGCUACUGUGGUUAUCGUCUUUCUGCCAGCUCCUAUAUUGUAUCAUCGUAGUCGAAGAUGGUGGGCCGCCACAAAUUGGCGACUUUUACUUCCUUGCUUCUACCGUGUCGAGUUCCGAGAUUUGUUUCUUGGUGACAUGUACUGUUCUCAAAGUUACGCCAUGGGGAAUAUUGAACUCUUUUUCUGUCUGUAUGCCAAUGGAUGGAACAGCCCGACGCAAUGUAACUCAAGCCAUUCACGGCUUCUUGGGUUUUUCACAUGCCUCCCAUCAACAAUGCGUGCCUUCCAGUGUAUUCGUCGAUACUGGGACUCGAAGAAAGCCUACCCUCAUCUUCUGAACAUGGUGAAGUAUAUCUGCGGUAUUCUCUACUACGCUACUCUCAGUAUGUAUCGGAUCGAUAGGCAAACUUCAUACAAGGCCGCAUUCAUUUUCUUCGCAGCAAUGAACGCCUGCUUUACAUCCUUCUGGGACGUGGUGUUCGACUGGAGUCUAGGAAACUUCUAUAACAAAGAAAACUGGCUCUUGCGCGACACACUCACUUUCCGCAGAAAAUGGGUAUACUACGUCGCCGCUUUCUUGAACGUCACAAUCCGAUUCAACUGGAUCUUCUACGCUAUAUAUGCCAACGACAUCCAACACUCAGCAAUCCUCAGCUUCAUGAUAUCCUUAUCCGAGGUCUUUCGUCGAGGUAUCUGGGUGAUCUUUCGCGUUGAAAACGAACACUGUGAAAACGUGCGUUUGGUUCGCGCGUUUAGAGAGCCUCCUCUUCCUUACCCGAUAUCACCGCCCCUCGAUGGUGCUGUGAUCCAAGAAGUUACUCCCACAGAUGUCGAGCGCGUGUCCGGUCCGCGUCACGCCUCCACUAUUUUCCGUAUUGGAAAUAGGAUUGCUGGGGCGCACGCGGAGGACUUUGAGAGAAGACGUCCUCCCGCUCACUUCGUCGAUAACUUCCUUGAUAACGCCAUGGCGCAUAAUUUCGCACAUGCCGGUGAAGACUGGUCCGAUGAUGAAUCAGGUCCUGGUUGA